CUGCCCUUUGAAGAGAUCGUAGCGUCGGAGCCUGCUUCAAACAGCCAUUGCUGGUUUGCCAGGUAUCCCAACAAUGGCGACGCAGCAGAAUGACGGCCUCGCGCCGGGAUUCCGCCUGUUCCCUGCCCUACCAGCAGAGCUUCGCCUGCGAGUCUGGAGGGUCGCGCUGGAACGAAAUCGCAUCAUCCGCGUGCUCGUAGCCAGCCAUCUCGAUAUCGAGACCGGCGGCGGCGGCGCCGAUGCCGAGCUGGAGUGCCGCGGGCAGAUCCCUGCCAUCCCGCCGCACCUGGUCCGCUCAAUCCCUCGUAUCUGCGGCUCCGACAUCAACUACACCGUCGUCGCCGACGGCUACGAUCUUGUGAACCCUCUGCUCAGCGUCAGCACCGAGGCCCGCCAGGUCGCGCUUCGCUUCUACCGCAUGCGGGUGCCUUGCAUAUUCGGCGGCAACGCCUCCAAGAAAUGGGUCGACAGCCUGUGUGCGGCGGCGAUCCCUCCCCCCGGCAAGAGCUGGUCCCACGGCACGCUGCGCAUGAACCCUGAGUUUGACUUCCUGCUGCGGCUGGGAAGCGAGGAGACAUAUGGGCGCAACCUAGAGGGCAGGGAGGACGUCACUAUCGACUUCAUCCAGCGCUUCAAGACGGUCUACGACCCCAAUGGCGUCGGGAUCCUGAAUAUGGUGGUCAACAUGGAGGCCCUGAAGAGCCUCAACGGCGUUCCUAGACAGUCGAUCCUGGCAUCCUCCGCGUUGACGGAGGCGUUCAGGGAGACGUUCUCGCGGUUGCGUCAAGUGUGGUUCCUGGACCUGUGCCCCACGGGACACGGCCUCGGCCACAACACGCUCUCCCAGCCCGGGACCAGGCCCUUCUUCAGCUACUCGUACCCCACCAUGGUGUCGACCCCCAACUUCGACCGCCUGCCGCGCGACCCGCGCGCCAUCAACCUGGCCAGGGUGCCGAGCUUCAGGAUACGGCCGGGCGUCGAGACCUUCUUUCCGCAGUGGAGGCGCCUGAUGGAGGCCUGGGGCGUGUUCCCGGAAGGCAAGGUCGGCACUACCAACUUUCGUCUAAUGUUGGCGGCGGACUCCCGCCCGUUUGGCCAGUCCUACGACCAGACCGGCGCGUGGCAGUGUCUGGGGACGGAGAAGUACAGAUUCAACGCGGCGGUUUCGGGGCGCGAUGAUGUGGCCGUGGACAACGUCAACCCGGUCUUUGGGUUCUGGCUUUUUCCAACCACGGCUCUCCCGCCGGAUAUUGGGCAGACGGCGGCGUGGGUGCAGCUGGUAGCCAUGGACAUGCGUGCCUCGUGGCCUGAGCUGGGCGUGUUCAAAUUUCCAGAGAGUGAUAACUGAGCAGCAAGUCAGGAAGGAGCCCGUCUAGAGCUUAGAGCUGAGGACAAGAACGAAUCCAAUUAGCCCAUUAAAUUCCAG